AAGGCCGAUGCGCCUAUCCAUCAAUAGAAAUCCUCAUUGGAUACCAUUCUCAUUGAGUGGCACCGAUGCAGACCUUCUCUCUUAUUACCAAGAAUCUGUAUCCCACAAGCUCAUUGGAAUGAGUAACCCGCAAGUACAGAGCCUCGCUUUUCGCAUGUCUUUCUCGGAUGAUUCUGUGUCCGCUUCGGCGAUACGAUACGCCAUUCUUGCACUCGCAGCUAUCUAUCUCUUUGAUCGUCAAAGAGCGGUUGCUUACAGCAAGCGAGCGACGACAGCAAUUCGGGAUUCCUUGGUGUAUUCGACAACUAAUGACAUCCUACAACGCAUUGUCGCAAGCAAUUUUCUCACCAUGUUCGAAACUCUUCUUAGUCCCGAUGAUGCUCCAAAAUGGGCGACCAACAUCUGCUUCUCAAAGACAGCUUCUAUAACAUCAUUCACUCUCGAUCAAAAAUACCAUGGCGAUUCUGCGCUAAUUCUGGAAUGGGUCUGUUAUUACGUGGUCCUGUCAAAAUUCAGUCUCCGACAUUUUGAUCGCCCCCCAAUGUCAUCGAUAUGGUGCGUGAAACAAGAUCACUUAAAAGGAGCGGUGAUGAAUUCAUUCGAUGCAAACCAGAUCUUACCAAUCGGCGGCUGCUCAAUGGGUGUCUUGAUGGCGAUAUCAACCACCAUUAGUGAAGUAAUGAGAGCAGAGAUUGGCUCUGAUAUUCCUCUGGAGAGCCUCGAUAAAUUAGAACGUCAGCUAAAAUACGCACGGCAAGAGAUAAGAGUUGAAGACAUAGAUGAUGUCACACGCUCUGCAGAGGCGACGGAACUUCGAAGCACGGCUGAAUUAUACCGACUGGCAGGAUUGAUAUACCUUGAACGUGCUGGUAGAAAAGUGUCACCAUCGAAUGCAAGGGUACAGCAAUAUGUCAAUGAUGCGUUCUCGAUCUUAGAUGGACUACAUGUUUGCGGGCGAACGCUACCUUUAUUCAUUAUCAGCUGCGAAGCAAGCACAGACAGUCAAAAGGCGACAAUACUCAGACUGCUCUCAUCCACAAAACACCAUUAUGGUCCUUGCAAUAUAGUGCGCGUACACAAUUUCAUCGAACGGUUCUGGGCCAUGAAUGAACUGGAUUCCGACCAAGAUUUAGGAUACACGGAAAAGAUGACAGAUGUUCUUAGCUUAGGAGAUUCUCUCCCGGCAUUUGUCUAGCUUUUGCCUCUCAUGUAUUUUUAAAGUCAAAUAACCCUUUAAAAUAGAGAU